UCAAAACAAACAAAACUACGAAUCGGAUGCAGUGUAGUAAAAAUGGACAACAAUCCAGUCUAUUGCUUUUUAUGCUUUAAAAGUGAAAAUCCUGCCAAUGCAAUUAGCUGUGAGCCGCAAAUAGUUACCAUUCUGUGUCGUCAGUUUUGGUUUUCUCCGGAGGAAAUAGAGCAAAAAUGUGUGUGCAGUAUAUGCUGGACGUAUGUGGAUGAGUUCAAUCAGUUUUACGAACAAAUUAAAAUGAUACACCAUGCAGAAGAGCAGCAACAACUCGCACUGCAAGAGAAUUCCAUGCAUUUCGAUGAUUUUGAUAGAAAGGAGACAGCAGUUUUGUUGGAAGAAGAAUCAUCGUUGAUUGCAGAAACGCCAGUGGUAGAUGAAUACCGCGAUGCCGAUCCUUUGAUCAGCCAAGUAAAAACCGAAACAAUUGCCAUUGAAUCAAUUGAUAUUGUGGAUGUGAUUAAAGAGGAGACAGGGGAAAUAAAUGUUGGAUACGAUAGCUAUUCUGAAAAAAGCUUUCGAGAACAGGAUUCACCAAACACUAGGCGAAUAUCAUCCACUUUGGCUCGUCCCGGGUGUAACACAUUUGAAAAUACAACGGAAGAAAGUGGAUGCGAUGCAUUACCCACCACACAUCAGCAGGACGACCUUACUUGUACUGAUUGCGCAAAAUCAUUCCCAACCGAACAACAACUCCAGCAACAUCUCAAAAGAGAUCAUAAGCCCGGGUUGAUGUGCGACAUCUGUUCUAAGUGGGUUAAAACUAAGGAGGGUUUGCGAAAACACCAGCAAAACAGUCACUUCCCGCAAACCACCGAGCGCGUAGAGUGUUCCAUAUGCAACAAAUGGAUGAAAAACAAUGGAAGCCUUCAAAAGCAUUUGAUCCGCCACCGGACGAGCGAUAAGCCGAACAUAUGCGAGAUCUGUGGCAAGGUGGCCCCAAACUAUGCGGCUCUCAAAAGUCACAAGCUGUUUGUUCACAUAAAGCAACGGACUUUCCGCUGUCUGGUUUGCAAAAAGGCGUUCAAACGGGCCUUUACUUUGGAGGAACACAUGACGACGCACACGGGCAGCUCGCUGUACAAUUGUCCGCACUGUACGAGAACGUUCAAUUCAUCCGCCAAUCUGCAUGCGCAUAGGAAGAAAGUGCAUCGGAAAGAGUGGGAGAUAAGCCGCAAUGAGUAUGAAAAACGGUUUCGAGGGGAAUAAUAAGUGAUCCCAACGAAAUUAUUCAUUGGUUGUAAUUGAUUGGUUAUUAAUUCAGUAAAUAUUAGCAUAUUUAAAAUAUAUAUUGAAGAGCAGAAAA